GAGAGGUAAACUUUUGAACGCACGCGCACGCGUUUCGGACGACCGGAAAUAAAGAAUCAGCAAAAGUGUAGGGGACAAGAGUCGAUGUUUUCUCCUUUGUCUGUCGCAGAGUUUGCCAAAUCAUGUCGCAUCUUCUCAUCAUACUUGGAGUGAUGUUAAGCAUCGGGGUGAAUGUCAUCCACACAAAGAAUGCUGUUAAUGAGAAGGAGGAAGCUAAUAAGAUUGAGGAUAUCCUGCCCCACUAUGCUGAUGACCGCCAUCUUGAUUCUUUUGAUCAAACAUUGUUCCUUGGUGGACAGGCCAAAGCCAAGAUAUUUAGAAGUCUGUCAGAUGAAAAGAGAAAGGAAGUAUUCUCAGACGUUUUUAAAUUGGUGGACAAGAAUGGAGAUGAACAUAUCAGUAAAGAUGAGUUGACUGAAUGGCUUUACCAUGCCUUGCUCACAGUAGAUAAAGAAGAUGCGAUCAAUUCCAUGGAUCCAAUCGAUGAUAACAAAGAUAAGAUGGUUUCAUGGUUUGAGUAUCAUGAUUAUGUCUUUGGCUAUGCAAUGGGUGACGAUGUGGAGGAAAACCGGGAGGCCUAUACAAAGCAUAUCAAGCGUUCCAAGAGAGCGUUUGAUCUAGCAGACAGUGAUGGCGAUGGAUUCUUAACACCCAACGAGUUCCAUAUGUUUCACAAUCCAAGAUUAUUCAAACAAAUGGAGAAAGUUGUCAUUAUGGAUUCACUUGAAGAUUUUGAUACAAACAAAGAUGGUGGCAUUGAAGUUAAUGAGUUCAUCGGAGACUUUUUGUUAAAAGAAGAAGAGGAAGACCUACCGGAUUGGGUACUGGAGGAGAGAAGAGUGUUUGAGACGGAGCAUGAUCUGGAUGGGAACGGGAAACUGGAAGGAACUGAAAUAUUUGAAUUAGAAUCUCAAGAAAAAUCACUUCAAGAGCAGGCUGAAAGAGAGGUUGAUCAUUUGAUGAUAAUGGCUGAUACCGAUAAAGAUGAUCUAAUCAGUUUAGAAGAAGCUCUUCAGAGUGAAGCUCUUUUCAUGGGAAAUGACCAUCAUUUUCAUAAAAACCCAAACAUCGUCAUCCAACACAAUGAACUAUAACCUCAGAAAUAGAACAAAGUGCUUUAAAAAAUUGUUUAAUUAUACCAAUAGCACACAUCAUACCACGUAUACCAUGUGCCUUAUUGCUUAGAUAUGUAUUAUACCAAGGGGGAGGGAUCAUGUAAUGGGAAUGUUCGAUUGAAAAAAAAAAAUAAUGUGCAGGCAGUUGAGGAAUUGCUGAAUCAUUUUACAAAACAAGUGCAAGAAUACAAACAUAAUAAUCAAUCUUAUAAGAUGAUGCUUGCUAAAUUAUAAAAGCUGUUUCAUAAAUUAUGCACAACUUUGCACACAAAUAUAUGUAUGUCUGGUGACCUUUUCUUGCACCAAAUGAGACACCCUGAUUUUCUGUUUUAAGAUAACGGGAAAGAACUUUCUAUAAUUCUCAUCAGAUCUUGACAAAUAACAAUCUUUUUAUUCAAAUGCUUGAUCUUAACAAGAAUUUUAAUCUCAAAGUUCAGAUUUUGACUAUCUGAUUGGAAUUCAAAGUGUUGAGAUUCUGAUUUCAGUGCAAGAAUGGGUCACCAGAUGUGUGAAGUGACAGCUUGAACAAUAAUGUUAUUAAAUAAAACCUUGUGGAACACCUGGGGGGGCCAUUCAAAUGUAUUGCUGUACACACGCGUGGCCAAAUUAUUUCCAAACACCCAUUAAACAAGUUUUUCUCUGUGUGCAAAAUAACCCCCUAAACAAGUUUUUCGCGGGCUUUACACAUUUUGGCCCCUAAACAAGUUGUCGCCAGAAUAUGACCCGGGUAAAAAGCUUGGGGGAAAAACAUACCCUAAACACGUUUGGCUAGUCUGAAAAAAAAAAAAUUUGGAAAAAAAAAGUAACCUAAAUACGUUUGACCCUGCGAUUGACCGGUCUUUCAAAACUACCCCUUUUUUUGAAAAUCAGUGUUUUUGAUACCCUUAACUAGUGCACAUGCGGCCCGCGUCCAAAACUGAAAAAAAAAAACACCUUUAAACAUUUUUUUGGGGGUCAUGCGUGUGUACAGCAAUAUAUUUGACUGGCCCCCGGGGUUGAACACUCCAGGGUACUACUAAAAUAAUAAGUGCCCAUCUCUGAUUUUGAUUCCAUAUUUGUUUAUUAUUUGUUCAUGAAUUGGCUUAGCAUUUCAUUACAGCUUGUAACGAGAGAAAACCUGUCUCCAUGAAUGUCUGUAUGUUACUGUAAUAUUCAUCAAUGAUUAUAUGAUGCAUUCAAGAAGAUAAUUCUUAUAUAAUUAAAUCAUUUACAUGUACAGUUGUACUGAAAAGUAAGUGAACCCUACCACACAAUGCAUUCCUUCAUGCUGAGUGUUGAAUGUAGACAACAACACUACAAUGUUCGGCAAGUCCAGAGAAACAAACUUUAUUGAAUGUAAUAUUUGAUCACAUGACUUCACACCUAAC